UUAAUUUCAUACGUAGUACAAAAUAUUUAAAACACAUUAGAAAAAAAUUGUUACUUGAUUUUCUCCAAAGCUCAAUAUUUUUUUGCGUACGUUCAUUCUUGUCUAUGAUAAAUUACAGAAAUAAAUAAAUAAAAUGAGAACCCCUUCAUGGUUAGCCGUAGUUUUUUCUUUUUUACCUUCAAAAAGAACAAACAAAAUCGUCACCCCUAGAACACAAUCUAGAAACGCAUCUAGAAAUGGUCGAACCACCGAGUCGACCACCCCUAGAACACAAUCUAGAAACGCAUCUAGAAAUGGUCGAACAACCACAAGCGAACCAACAACGCCACGUACGGUGGGCGAAACACCAACUAGUGGUGGUGGUGACGACCGGGCUACCUAUCUGAAGGCGUUCGAUGAGUCGAAAGCCGGGGUAAAAGGGCUAGUAGACACCGGGACAGCAACCAUUCCUAGUAUAUUCGUGCGACCGCGUGAGGAACGGUUGAAAGAUUAUGAAAUAAGCUCGAAGAAUAUAAGUGUCCCCACCAUAGACAUGAAUGCGCGUGACGAACGGACGAAAAAUAUUGUGGCGAAGGAAUUAACCGAUGCGGCUAAGGAAUGGGGAUUUUUUCAAGUGGUAAAUCAUGGGAUUCCUUUAGAUGUGUUGGAAAAUAUGCUUGAGGGAAUUCGAAGGUUUCAUGAACAAGAUACUGAGGUUAAGAAACCCUAUUAUAAUCGAGAUUAUCAUGCUAAUACGGUUAUUUAUAAUUCUAAUCAUGAUUUAUUUUCUUCAAAUGCUGCUAAUUGGAGGGAUACUAUGUCUGUUAAUACUCUCUUUACUAAUGGUCAUUAUGAUCCUGAAGACAUACCCCCAGCAUGCAGGGAUGCGGCAUUAAGGUAUAUAAAAGAAAUUACUAAUCUUGGGGACUACAUUCUUUCGUUACUAUCAAUUGGUCUUGGACUUAAACCUGAACGUCUUGGAGAACUAGAAAGUACUAAAGGUUGGUCACUAAGUUGCCACUACUACCCUAAAUGUCCACAACCACAACUUACCUUAGGACUCAAUGGACAUGCUGAUAUGUCUUUCUUCACCAUACUUUUGCAAGACCAAAUUAGUGCCCUCCAAAUUCUUCAUGAAAAUCAAUGGGUCAAUAUUAACCCUAUCAGCGGUGCCUUGACUUUUAACAUUGGAGAUACACUUCGGAUUAUAUCUAAUGACAUACUGAAAAGUGUGUAUCAUAGAGUGAUUGCGAGAGAUAUUGGACCAAGGGUUUCUCUUCCAUUCUUUUUCAAUGGUACUUUCGCAUCAACACAAAUGUAUGGGCCACUUAAGGAGCUAACAUCGGAAGAAAAUCCACCAAUUUAUAGGGAAUUCACACUUGCAGAGUUUAUGACGUACUUCCUCACUGUGAAAGUUGAUGAGCUUGGAGUUGAUCAUUUUAGACUUAAGUGACGGUCUGAAGAUGAUAACUAUAUUUUACUGGGAUGUUGUAUUGUACAGUAUUGUGUAUUUGUAUCAAUUCUUCUAUGUGUUAUAUGUCAAGUGCUUUUAACAGGCUAGAAAAUGGUUCAAAUAGAAAAUGGUUGUUUGUUGCAAAUAAUUAAUUAAAUUGUCGACGUUUAAUGCGCUGCAGA